AUGGCAAUCUACCUAAUUUCCAAAGCCGCAGACCCCAUCUUCGCCGUCGCAAUUGGCACCUCCGCUGCCCUAAUCCGCAUCCGCCGCGAUCAGCAGGAGAAACAGCCCGAGCGCGCUAAGGAGAUCGGGUACGGAGAGGUCAUAUCGUUGGGAGCGAAUCGGGUACGACGCUGGUGGGCUGGGGAUUUCGCGGGGUUGUAA